CCAAGGUCUACGGACCUACCUUAGUGCUCGGGAUAUCGCUACUUUAAUUAAUAGCUUGUUCCUUAAAAAAAUGAAAACGACAUAUAAUAUCCUCCAGCCAUGAUCCAACUACUGUCAUUUCCAAUUGCGUUGUAUUCCUCAUCAUCUUGGCCUUUGUUUUUUCCUCAGCUGUUACCUAUACUUUCGUCCCGUCCGCCCCUUCCCACUACCCUACGGCCACCUACUGAGCCCGUCUUCUAAUCUAAACCUGACACUAAACGCCUGUCACGACAUGGAAGGUGAAAAGGACGGUCAGCAUGAUCCCUCGGGCGCGGAAACCUCCGACAGCAACCCAGAGAGAACCGCCAACGAAUCCGCCGCGCCAAAGUUCAACAGAAGCCCCCGGUUCUGGGCCAUCAUAGCCACUCUCUGCGUCAUUGGCAUCCUGAGCUCCCUGGAGAACACUGUAGUGACCACCUCGCUGCCCUUCAUUGUCACCGAGCUCAAUCUCGGCGAGAACUACAUCUGGGUCACCAAUGUCUUCUUCUUGACCAGCGCUGCCGUGCAGCCUCUAUUCGGGCAGCUUGCCAACAUCUUCGGUCGACGAUGGAUUACCAUGGCCAUUGUCAUGCUCUUCACUCUUGGCAGCGCCAUUGCCGGUGGUGCCUCCAACGGUGCCAUGCUCAUCGCCGGUCGAGCCAUCCAGGGUAUGGGGAGUGGUGGUAUCAACAUGAUCGUCGAUGUAAUUGUUUCGGACCUGGUGCCCCUGAGAGAGCGAGGAAACUACAUGGCCUUUGUUCUCCUUGUGUACUUUGUCGGGAUGGCACUCGGCCCAUACGUGGGAGGCGCCAUUGUCGAGACAACUACCUGGCGCUGGGUCUUUUAUAUCAACCUACCGGUUGGCGGAGUGUCUAUGCUCAUGAUAUACCUCUUCCUCCAUGUUAAAUCCAACAAGGAAAUGCCCUUGGCCCAAAAGCUGCGCCGCAUCGACUACAUCGGCAAUAUUCUCGUCAUUGCGUCUACAGUCGCCAUACUCUACGCCUUGACAUACGGCGGAACUCGUUACCCGUGGUCGUCCUGGAGGAUAGUGCUCCCCCUUGUCCUCGGCCUGGCCGGCCUCGGCGUUUUCAUCUUCUUCGAGACCACCAAGUUCGUCAAGGAGCCCGUGGUCCCGGCACGCCUCUUAGCAAACAGGACCUCGGCAGUUGUCCUUGCCGUCACCUUUAUGAACUCGGCCCUGCUCUUCUGGAUGCUCUUCUUCGUCCCCGUUUACUUCCAAGCCGUCUUGGGCAGCUCUCCCGCACGGGCGGGCGUGCAGCUGCUCCCAGCCAUCGUCAUCGCCGUUCCCGCCGCCAUCGUAGCCGUGCUUCUCCUCGCCAAGUACGGCAAAUAUAAACCGCUCCACCUGUUCGGUUUCGCCCUCAAUACACUCGGUCUCGGCCUCUUCAGCCUCCUCGAUCAAGGCUCCACCACCGUCGAGUGGGUCAUCUUCGAGUUGAUCGUCGCCGGCGGCUCGGGCUUUGUCCUGAACACGCUCCUACCGGCCUUCCAGACACCGCUCGAGGAGAGCGACCAGGCAGCUGCAACGGCGGCGUGGUCGUUCAUGCGCUCCUUCGGCAACAUCUGGGGCGUGGCCAUCCCCGCCGCCAUAUUCAACAACUACUUCGACAAGCUGUCCAGUCGCAUCUCCGACCCGGCCGUGGCUGCUCUAUUCCUCCAGGGCAAUGCGUACCAGUCCACCAGUGCAGAGUUUCUCAACACGUUCCCACCCGCUAUCAAGCAGGAAAUUAUCACCGUCUACGCGGACAGCCUGAAGUAUGUCUGGCGCCUCUCGGUCAUAUUCUCGGGCGUCUCGUUCCUGCUUGUUUUCCUUGAGAAACAGAUCAAGAUGCGCACCGAACUCGAGACGGAGUACGGCUUGGCUGAGGAGAAUGGCAAGAAGAAGGAUUCCGAGACGGGCGAGAAGACGGAGGAGGCUGAGCAGGAGAACGGGGCAGCCAUGGUGACGGAGAAGCCUGUUGAAAUUAGCCCCUGAUACCAUUAAACCGAUUUGACCUAUAAAUCUAGGUUAACCCGCCGUUCCAACGAAGUAGCAUC